GCCCUUUUUCCUUUCUAAGAAGAGGGAGAAUAAGAGCAAAUUGGGCAAUGACUAAUCCUGGGCGAUAACUCAAGCUGGGCUAUUUAAGGAAAUGUUCAAGGGGCCAACACAAUCAGCGAGGGCUGCUUGUCAUUAAAUUAAGUUGCCUAAAAUAUCCAGUUAAUGUAUUCACCUAAAAAAUGAUAGCCAAUCCUAACCGCAGAGCUGAUAAUCAAGUCAGGACACAUUGUAUACUCGCCAUAACUCGGCAGGUGGCGCUUUUAUGUCAGUAGUGAUUCCAUUCAUGCGCUGCCUGCGCUCAAAAUACACAACCGCUCGUGUUCACUCGGAGCAAGCUGUUGCAAGCAGCGCGAGAGCAGAACAGCUGUUGUACUGUUGCCAGUUACGAUGAAUUAAGUAGGCUACCCGAGAGGUGAAACAAUUACGGAAUUAUUUUGAAUUGUUUCAUGAGGACGCAGUUUUCCCUGCAAGAUGGAAAAGGACCAACCGCCACCAACCCAGUACGGUUCUGUGGACCAAACAAAACUAGAUGAUUUGGCCAGAAGUAAAGGAGCAGAGAAUGUUGUCUCCAUGGCUGACUCAACGGUAACGGUGGACGACAUUGAGGGGGAACUUUUCAAGAUCGAGAGGAUUCGAGAUGUCCUGGUGCGAAGAGAGUCAGAGCUGAGAUACAUGAUGGAUGACAUUCAGCUCUGUAAAGAGAUCACAAGACUGAAGAAGGAGCUGCAAAAGUCAAUAUCAAUCCCUGACAAGGAGAAAAGGGACGAGGACAGGCAGAAGGAGGAGGAGCUGCUGCAGCAGAUCCACAAGCUGGUGGAGACACGAGACUUCCUGGUGGACGACGUGGAGUUUGAGCGGCUCAGGGAGAGGGAGGAGGACAAAGAGAUGGCUGAUUUCCUGAAGGCUCGGUUUCCCAAGAGCUUGGGAAAAAGUAAGAACCCAUCAGCAUUGUUUCCAUGGAGUGCUGCAAAAGACCAAAGGACGCCACCACCACCACCGCCCAGCGCUGUGUCACCACAGGUGUCCCAGCAGUUCUUCACUAAAACAGGACUAAGACUCUUCAAGGACUGCUGUGGUGUAACUUGCUCUGUUAUGUAG